UGUCUCGGAGGUGAGUGUGCUGAAGUCGCGCACCGCUUCCGAAAGAAUAGCAUUUACCACUAAUUGCGUGGAAACGACUGGAUGUUUUAUGUUUAAAUAUCAGGCUUCCUAAGUACUAUCGUUCAAUCUUUCAUUUUUGUGUUAUCUGGAGACGUUUUAUAUUUUAGAAAGGAGAUCGAAAUUUGGAUGAUACCAGCUGGAGUUCGAAGUUCCAAGAUGAACUUCAGUCAGGCGUUCAUUAAAUGUUCGAUGGUGGUGUGCCUUCUGUGCUCAGAGCUCCGGUGCUGUGGGGCUGAGCCAAGUGGUGCGGUGGCAGCUCAGUGGUCCGGCGAUGACCGAAACCAGACGCUCAAACACAGAACGUGUCUGGAGAAUCAGCAGUACUUUCACCAGGACAGAUGUUGCCUCAACUGCCAGGCUGGUACCUUCGUGGAGAAGGCUUGCGAUGAGGACAUGAAGCUGGGGUUGUGCAAGCCCUGUGAAAAUGGCCACACCUACACAGAACACUCGAACGGAAUGACCCGAUGCCUACCCUGCACGCACUGCCGCAUGGACCAGACCCAGACAGUGGAAUGUACUAGUACGACAGACACCCAGUGCCAAUGUCGACCUGGUACAUUUUGUGUGCCAGAGCAGGCCUGUGAGGUCUGCAAGAGAUGCGCCAAGUGUAAAGCUGGGGAGGAGGAGGUGAGGAAGUGCAGCCCGAUCUCCAACACUGAGUGUAGGAAGCAGGAUUUCUUACCUACACGUCAGCCUCCUCCUCUUUACAGUCCCGCCCCAAUCUCACCAGAGACCACAGGUAUGCCGUGGGUCAUCCUGCUCUUUCUGCUCUUCCUGCUCCUCAUUGUCGGGCUUGGUGUCUGGCUGUGGGUCAAGAGGCCAUGUAGAUAUCCGCCAGUUUGCCUCUCAGGAUCAGACAGCUGCCAUGGCUCGAGUGAGAUUGUGAAAAUUCCCAUUGAUGAAAGUGGACCUACGGCAGAAGAGAGACAGAACAGCCAGAACGCAGGCCUGGAAGGAGAGGGAAGUGAAGAGGUCCGUCCAGAGUCACGUCCCCUGCUGCAGGAGACCCAGGGCGGGUUGAUCAAGGCCUCCCCACCUCCAGGCCUGGGGGAGGAUGAGGACCGGGGCCUGGGCGAUAGCCUGCCCAACACCACCAGCUCUUCCCAGGCUUCACUGAGCAGCUCCCCACGACACAGCCCCUCUGCCCAGAGACUGCAGCCCACAGCUGGAGUGAGUGAGGAUGAUCCUUUGCAGAAGAGACUGGUGCCCUUACUAGGCGAGGAGACAUCCCUAAAGAAGAGCUUUGACCUCUUUGACGAAGGCCUGGACGUGCGGAUCCACAACAAGUUCUUUCGCUACAUCGGUGUCAAUGACAACCAUAUCAAGAUGGCGGAGAGUGUCCCCCCUUGUGACAAGGUGUAUGACCUGCUGAAGAACUGGAUGCAGAAGGAGGGCCUAAAGGCGGACAUCAAUGCCCUGCUACAGGCUCUUCUCAGCCUGGACCAGAGGCGCUCCGCUGAGAGCAUUGCCUUUGCUGCAAUCCAGAAGGGCUACUAUAAACACGCAGACAACCCUUGACACCCGCAGACCAGUGGGUGGGUUCUGCCUUAGAGACUUGGGGAUAGAGAUGAAAAAACAUUGUUGAAUGAUGACAUUGACUCUUAUCGGCCUAAAUGGCUUGAUGUAUUCAGCCUUCAGGCCAGUGUUUACUUUUCAAAUGGAGGAGUAAGAGAUGGUGUGUGUACUCGACCUAUAAGCCAGUGCUCUUUAAAAUGUAAAUUGAAGAGUUGGAAAUGGACGUUGUUUUUUACAAGAUGGCUUCAACUUUAGUCUGCCUAUAUGGUCUGUUGUGUUUGGAUUGAUAGGCCAACACUUUCUAAAACUGAACGGAGGAGUUGGAGCUGGAGGUUGUUUUCUGAGAAGACCUAAACACAGGUUUGUGGGUUUCAUAGCCAGAUGUAAGCUUAGAGAGUGGGUCUAGAGCACUUAUUUGACCUCUAGGAUUUUACUCUCUGCCCCUUCUCUCUGAGUGACUGACAUGGCUUAUAGGCCAAUAAUGAAGCCUGGGACAGGGAAAUACACUGGUUUGUAGGAGUGGCAUUCGUUAGCUAUAUGUCACCGAUAAUGUGUCUACUUGAUGCACUGGCCUCUGGCACAUUUUUUAGAACAAGAGGAAACAAAUGCCAUAUUAGGCAGACGUUUACAGGUUUAAACUACAGGUAAGAUGGGCCAUUAAAGCACAAUGCUGUUAACAAUGACAGGAAAAGAUGGACCAUAUGUCAUGGUAAAAAUGCAGGUUUAUUUGAGUCAUAACCAUAUUAGAAGUAUUUUAGCCACAAGUAGAUAUGGUCCGUGUUAAUAUUUACAUAUUUGUGUAAAUAUGUGUCAUAUGGAGUUCUGUUAUUGUUUUAGAUAUUCUGGAGUUCAUUUAUAAAUUAAAACAUAACAUAUGCUCAUAAGUGUGGGUAAGGGCAAGAACGUUUUUUAAUUUAUUUGAAAAGCGUAAGUAACUGAACUGAAUGUUUUAUAGACUGUAUUGCUAGUUAUUUUGUUUUUCAAUGUUAAUUCAGUAGUUUUUGUAGCUAAUUCUUUUAUUCAAAAGUUUGGAAACAUUUUCUACAAAUACUCAAAUAGUUUUUAAUUUAUUGAUAUUUGACAUAUUUAUUUAAAAAAAAUGAUAAUUGUGUCAUUAUUUAUGCCUUUAUGAACACAGCAGACAUUUAACUAAAGAGUGCGGUAAUGUGUUGCUAUGUUAUCAUGACUGCCUUUAUCUCAACAACACAGACAGGAGCGGCAUAACCACAUCUGGGGUUAAACGUGGUCUUGCUCGAUGGCAGCGCGCAAAUGAAAGACUGUAUUCAGUCAGUGCACAUAUGAAGUGCUUUCAGAAAGUAUUAAAACCAUUUGUCUUUUUCCACAUUUUGUUAUGUAACAGCUUGAACUGCAUUUUAUUUAGAUUUUGUGUCACUAAUCUAUACACAGUAUCCCAUGACAAAAAACUACAACAUUAUUUUAAGAAAUUAUUGCACUUCUUUUUUUAUUGAAAUACAGAAAUAUAUAAAUGACAGACAUUUUCAUCCCCAUGUAAAUACCUGUAGAAACACCUAAGGCAGCGAUUACAUCAUAUUAAUAUUUGUGACUGGAGUUCUGCCCAGGCAUACUUUUAUGUCAUGCUGGUGUGCAAAAUCAUGUCCUAACAGUCGAGUUGCCCACUGGUGGACCCCUGUCAAGUUGUAGAAAUAUUAUCUGAGCUCAAUUUGGAGUGUUGUCGAAAAGGGGAUGUUACAUGUUGACAAUUCACAUAAAAAAUUUCAGUUGAUUUGUAAGAUUUUAAAUAAUGGGGUAUUGUAUGUAGGUCAGUGAAUUUUUAAUUCAGGCUGCAGCACAACAUAAUUUGUGGAAUAAAUUCAAGGGGUCAGAAUACUUUCUGAGUCCAAAAAUCCAUAGUUACAUAUAACAUUAAUGCGAUAGAGUUUGUUAGCCAAUCAAAUACUCAUCCUAAUGUCAACUUUGUGUUAGGGCUGCAGUAGUGAUAGGUAACUCUGGAUUUAUCAGUCCAUUUGUGGGCUAUUUAAAACAGGGGUUUAAGGGCAUCAUUUUGAAGCCUAUUCUUAUGUCUAAUUAACACUAAAGAGUGGAACGUGCCUGAUAAACACUAGAGGGUGAACCCAAACUGUAUUUUUACAUUGUCCCAUACAAC